AACCGCACAAACUGCACAAACUGCUCCCCGUUUCCUCGCUGAAAGCCAGUCCUGUGCUAAGAGGAGCCGAGAGCAGAGCCAUGUCUACCCUCCUCCUUGUCGUCGGCGUCGUGGUAGGGGUCGCUUACAUUUACCGUCACAUUGUGGUGAGAGGACAGCAAUGCACCAGCAGAGCCAAGCUGCACGGCAAGACUGUGAUUGUGACAGGCAGUAACACAGGCAUCGGGAAGACCACAGCCAUAGAUCUGGCUAAGAGAGGAGCCAGGGUUAUUCUGGCUUGCCGCAGCCAACAGAGAGGAGAAGCUGCUCUCGCUGAAGUCAAAAGGGAGAGCGGGAGCAGCCAGGUGGUGUUCAUGCAGCUGGAUCUGGCCAGUCUGAAGUCUGUGCGUGACUUUGCUGAAACCUUCCUGAGGACUGAGCCCAGGCUGGACCUACUCAUCAAUAAUGCAGGGAUUUACAUGCAGGGAAAAACUAAGGAUGGCCUGGGGUUGAUGUUCGGCGUGAACCACAUCGGUCACUUUCUGCUAACCAACCUGCUGCUGGACCGGCUGAAGGAGUGCGGCCCGAGCCGGGUGAUCAAUGUGGCAUCAGUGGGCCAUAAUUUCGGGAUCAUCGACUUCAACUGCCUGAACACCCACAAAGCUUUGGGGCAGGGGGAUUCGUUCUAUGACGUCUUGAAGAUCUACUGUAACAGCAAGCUGUGUAACGUCCUCUUCACGCAUGAGCUGGCCAAGAGACUGCAGGGCACAAAGGUGACCUGCUACAGCCUCCAUCCAGGGGCCAUUAACUCUGAGCUGGCCAGGAACACCAGCUCACUGUUCCAAGUCCUUCUGAUCCCCAUCACUGCCUUUUUCUUCAAAAACACCGUCCAGGGAGCCCAGACCACGCUGCACUGCGCUCUCCAGGAGGGACUCGAACCCCUCAGCGGACGCUACUUCUCCAACUGCACCGCGAGGAAUCUUUACCCCAAAGCCAAAGACGACGUCGCGGCCAAGAAGCUGUGGGAGCUGAGCGAGAGAUUGAGCGGGCUCGUGUGAAAAACCCCACAUCUGCAGAGCUUGAACGUAGUAGAACAGACAUGGAGCUGCGUGCCGCGGUCAUUUGGCCGGUUCAGGAUAAAAUGCCGAUCAUGACAACUCCUGUGUAGGAAAAGUGUGCCACAUUUCUUUGAUAACAGAAGAUUUUGUGCUGUGGCUGCUUGCUAAAAGUCGUAAGCAGACAUUAAUUGCUGCCAUCAUGGUUCCACCAGUACUGGAAUAUGGAAGUUCACCUGGAACAAUGGCCACAUUUAUUUCCAAAGGACCACAUUCACACGGCAGCCAUCUUCCUCUGAUGUCACGCUCAAAUGUAGUCGAACUGCCGUGUUACAGGUUGUAUUUUUUAGAAACUGCUUUCUGAUUGAUGAACAACUGAAAAGACACCGGACAGUGAAAAUCCAGAGACACUGAGCCAUAUUUUAAGCUGAAACAACA